AUGACAGUCUCUUACGGAAGAAAGAUGCGACGCCGACGAAGUGUGUUCAACAUUUGGACACAGACAAAAGCCACUCCUCAUCGCAGCAAACCAUAUCCAUCUCCCGCUGAUUCGGCACUAUCCGAUAGUCCCGUAUCCCCCAACUCCGAUAAUAGGGCCAGCAGAGCUCGAUUUCGAUUUCGAUUAACACGGAGCGGGUCUAAAAUUCUAUUGUUACUUGGGCUGGGAAAUUCCUCCAACAGCAACAAGACAAGCGUCGAGACGGGAUCAGGCGACGAUGCGCAAAGUCAUGAUGAUCACCAGCAUACCCUACCAGUCCCAGGGGCCGAACAGAGCCCCUCGAUUUAUAUGACUGGUAGUUGCUUCCUUGAGACCCAGCCUUUGAUUGCGAACCCGUCUGUCAACACACUGCCAGAAAUCCCGGACACACCCUCGCAAGAUCUAUCAAAUGACCAUAUGCCGGAUCGCAAGAUCGAUGUUCAAGUCGACGAAGAGAACGUUCAGCAAGACCACGUUGAUACCGAUGAUGUUCAUUCUCAUAUUCUUGUCGACCCCCCGGGUCCUCCUGCUUCGAGACUGGUGGACCGCGUUUCUCAAAAAUUCUCAUCAGCAUUCGGGAACCCAACGGUGGUCCAUCGUACCCACUUGCGGCCAAGGCCUAGUAUCCUUUCCCCUGACUCUCCAAUAUUGAUGAAUUCCAGUAAACAAGGAGAUGGGGCCAAUGAUGACAGCUCAGAUCCCUCGACAACCCCAACAAGUAGUGGCUCUCCAAAUGGGUGCUCAACACCUUGGACCGCAGUGACAUCUGGAGAGCCAUCUCCUCCUUCAUUGGAAAAAUAUAGACCUGAAUUGAGAGAGUGGUCUACUAUAUCGAACUGCGUUUCGAACCCAAGUUCGACCUCAAGUGGCAAGUCUUCUAUCAUUGCUCCAUCGAUUCUUACGGUGGAAGCUGCAUCUGUCGCCAAGGUCUAUCUUGAAAUAUAUUUCAACUCCAUUUUUGAGAAUACAGACCCACGUAUCCAGCGUCAGUACGAAUUGGAGCAGCAUAUAAUUGCAUUCCAUCUUGGUCCCGAAGAGCAGGAAUCAACACGACACAACUGGGCCCUUCAAGAGAACGAGUAUCUGCGACAGUGUCGAAUUUUGAAAACCUGCAUGAAAUCCCCGCGGAUCAAUCAAGCGGUCUCGAUUGCUGGUUAUAAAGUUAUUAAAACUUUGGGAAAAGGCAGCUUCGGAGUGGUGCGCCUGGUACGUGAGAAAGGUGCCCUGCAAACAAGCAAGGACGAUGAUGAGAGCCCAGCACGCGAUGCUAGUAUUUCCAGCUCAAGAAGCCGACAUCUUGAUGUCAUACGAUCCGCUGUUGAUGGAACAAGAAAUAGCAGGCGCAGAUAUAUGGCAGGCGAAAAGAAGGAAGUUUAUGCGAUGAAAGUUAUCAAGAAGUCCGAGAUGAUUCGCAAUUGCCAAGAAGGUCACAUUCGAGCAGAGAGAGACUUUCUCGUUGCGUCGGAAAAGUCCCGUUGGGUUGUUCCAUUGAUAUCCAGCUUUCAAGAUGACAGCUACUUAUACCUUGUCAUGGACUACAUGGUUGGCGGGGAUUUUCUUGGGCUUUUGAUUCGCAAGGAUAUCCUGCAUGAAGAUUGGACACGGUUCUACAUCGCUGAAAUGGUUCUGUGCAUUGAGGAAGCUCAUCGACUUUGCUGGAUUCAUCGUGACAUCAAGCCCGACAACUUCCUCAUAUCUGCAUCUGGGCAUCUGAAAAUCUCCGACUUUGGUCUGGCCUUCAACGGACAUUGGUCUCAUGACCAGGCAUAUUACAACAACCACCGCUAUUCUCUUCUAGAAAAGCUUGGUAUUGCCAUCAAGGGUGACGCAGAAGACCAGGUCCAAGCUGCGGAAGCGGAGAAAGACCCAGACCUUGAUCCCAAUGCAAAAGAACAGAGCGAUUUUCCCAAGUAUUUUGUGCCUUCAACGGAUCUUCUCGCGUGGCGAAACAAAAAAGAGCGACGACGAUUUGCGAAGAGUGUGGUUGGCACCAGUCAGUACAUGGCACCAGAGGUGAUUCGAGGAGAGAUGUACGAUGGAAGAUGCGACUGGUGGAGUUUGGGUGUUAUUCUCUACGAGUGUCUAUACGGGUUCACUCCCUUUGCCUGCGAGAAUCGCCAUGACACCAAGAUCAAGGUUCUCCAACACUCGAGAACUUUGCAAUUUCCGAGAGAAAGUCCAUCGGAGAAAUUAGUGUCACAAGACGCUAUUGACCUCAUUGCAAGACUCCUUCAAGAGCGUGAAUACCGACUGUGCUCGCCAAAAUAUCAAGCUAAUGACAUGUUGGCUGGUCGGCCCGCGUCAGCUCAAUACCUGUACUCAAUGGAUCCCCGAUACAAAAACGUCACGAGCUAUUGGGUGUACCCUAAUGAUGCAGCCGACAUCAAGAUCCACCCAUUCUUCAAAGGUACCCGGUGGAAUGAGCUUUAUAUGACCCGGCCUCCAUAUAUUCCGAGAGUCAAAGGCUGGGAAGAUACUCGUUACUUCAAUGACUGGAAGAACCUCGAUCAGCUCGAGGGGCAAGCAGAGGAAAGCGAGUCCAAGGAAGAGUCUGAUGAGGACAUCGAAGGAAAGCCCCAAGCUAUAUCUGCUGAUAACAUCGCUCCAUGUUUCCCUGAAAAUCCGUUCAUCGAGCGACCCGUGCCAGGAGGCGAUGCCAUUUUUCCAGUCGCACCCGUUGAAGCUGCUGGCAUUAACGCGCCCGCUCAGAAGGCUGAGAAGCAGAAGGAAAGAAAAAGACCACGAGACAAGAUUCUGCGGGAUAGAAAGGCUGGCAGGACAGCCUUGGAGAUCCGCAAGAGAGGUGCCUUCUUGGGAUAUACGUACCGUCGACCGAAGGGUCCGGCCAUGGCCUUGAGGAGCGAGCGAGGGCGGCAGCCCUUCGCCAGAGGAGCACUCGCAGAUCUUUAUACCCCCUGA